AUGGGAAGGGCUUUUCCGGGUAUCUUGUGCGCAUGUGCAGCUACGCCCACACCGCCAUAUUUUGUCUGGAAAUUCCGGAUGCCACAGAAGCCCCAGCGGUGCUCCUCAGAUACUGGGUUUGGAUUGUGCGUCCCUGAAGCUAUGCUGCCACAGUGCACUGUGGGUUUACAAGAGCAACAAAAGGUGAAUAACUCUCUGGAGUUGGUGUCAUUUGAGGAUGUGGCUGUGGACUUCACCUGGGAAGAGUGGCAGGAACUGAAUGACGCUCAGAGGACUUUGUACAGGGAUGUGAUGCUGGAGACCUACAGCAACUUUGUAUCACUGAACUUCCAGAUAGAUAAUGACCUAGUGGAGAGGAACCAAGAAAGUCAUCAAAGAUGUUUGCAGAAAAUUGUAAUCACAAACAGUAACACAUCAGCUGAGGAGAGAGUUGUGUUAGGAAAAUCAUUUUAUUUGAAUUCACAUCAUAUUUUAAAACUGAUUAUAAAUAGUGGAAACUAUUCAGGAAAGGGACCUGAGGAGUUUUGCGUAUGUCAGAAUUCACUUCUUCUUCAAGAGCCUGAUGAGAUGCCUGCUGGAGAGAAACUUGAUCUCCAUGAUGUAACUGGAAAUUUGCCCAGAUAUCAUGAGCAUCUUAGUCAGCAUCCCAAUAUUCAAACUGGGAAGCAGCCUUUAGAAUACAGUGGAAAAGGGAAAUCCUCCAACACAGAGCCUAUAAUAUUUACAUAUAAAAAGAUUCAUAUGGAUGAGACCACCAAUAAGUAUAACAAAUAUGAAAAAGUGUGUGGUAACUCAGCUGUCAUUGCCCAAAGAUCUCAAACAGGUGAGAAUCUACAUGAAUGUAAAGAAUUUGGAAGAGAUUAUAACCAAAAGUCUCAUCUCAGCCACCAUCAGAGAAUUCACACAGGUGAGAAACUGUAUGAAUGUAAAGACUGUGGAAAAACUUUUCACUGGAAGUCACUCCUCAGCAGCCAUCAGAUAACUCACACAGGUGAGAAACCAUACGAAUGUGAAGAAUGUGGAAAAGGUUUUAAACAAAAGUCAAUUCUCAGCAUGCAUCAGAGAAUACACACAGGUGAGAAACCAUAUGAAUGUAAAGAAUGUGGAAAAGCUUUUAACCAAAAGUCAUGCCUCAGCAUGCAUCAGAGAAUUCACACAGGAGAGAAACCAUAUGAAUGCAAAGAAUGUGGAAAAGCUUUUAUCCGAAAGGCAGAUCUCAUCAGGCAUGAGAGAACUCACACAGGUGAGAAACUGUACAAAUGUAAAGUAUGUGGAAAAGCUUUUAGUGAAAAGUCAUACCUCAGCAUUCAUCAGAGAAUUCACACAGGUGAGAAACCAUAUGAAUGUAAAGACUGUGGAAAAUCUUUUAUCCAAAAGUCAAAGUUCAGCAGACAUGAGAGAACUCACACAGGUGAGAAACCAUAUGAAUGUAAAGAAUGUGGAAAAACUUUUAACCGAAAGUCAUUCCUCAGCAUUCAUCAGAGAAUUCACACAGGUGACAAAUCAUACGAAUGUAAAGACUGUGGAAAAGCUUUUACCCAAAAGUCAGACAUCAGCAGGCAUGAGAGAAUUCACACAGGUGAGAAACCAUAUGAAUGUAAAGACUGUGGGAAAGCUUUUACCCAAAAGUCAAACCUCAGAAUUCAUCAGAGAACUCACACUGGUGAGAAACCAUAUGAAUGUAAGGAGUGCAGAAAAGCUUUUACCCAAAAAUCAUACCUCAGCAUUCAUCAGAGAAUUCACAAAGAUGAGAAACCAUAUGAAUGCAAAGAAUGUGGAAAAGCUUUUACCCAAAAGUCAAACCUCAGCAGCCAUCAGAGAAUUUGCAAAGGUGCAAAACCAUGUGAAUGUAAGGAACAUGAGAAAACAGUUUACUGUAUCUCACCACAAUAGACCUGUACAAAUUCAUGCAUGGGAAAAUCCCAAUUAUUUUGAUGACUGGGAAAAGGUUUUUCCAUAAAUCACACUUCAGGUUUCAUCACAGAACUUACACCUUGGUAUUGGAGGUUCGCUCCAGGAGCCCCUGUUGAUGUAAACACUUAAAAAUGAUCAAGCACCUUCUAUAAAUGGUGUACUGUUUCAAUAUUACCUAUGCACUUUUUUUGUGUCCUUUUCAU